AUGGCCUGGCAAAGCAACUCUAAAAUUCCCGACGGUGAGUUCACGGCCGUGGUCUACGGGCUCAUCCGCGACUCCCGCUACUCAGAGGCGGUGCAGCUGCUGGCCGCCGAGCUGCAGAGGAGCCCCCGCAGCCGCGCCGGGCUGUCGCUGCUGGCCUACUGCUACUACCGCCUGCAGGAGUUCGAGCUCGCUGCAGAGUGCUAUGAGCAGCUGAGCCAGAUGCACCCGGAACUCGAGCAGUACCGCCUCUACCAGGCCCAGGCGCUGUACAAGGCCUGCCUGUAUCCCGAGGCCACGCGGGUCGCCUUCCUCCUGGACAACCCCACCUAUCAGACUCGCGUCCUUCGUCUCCAGGCUGCUAUCAAGUACAGCGAGGGCGACCUGCCAGGAGCCAGGAGCCUGGUGGAGCAGCUGCUGAGUGGGGAAGCUGGAGAAGACAGUGGAGGGGAGAAUGACCCAGAUGGUUUGGUCAACAUGGGCUGUCUGCUCUACAAGGAGGGACACUAUGAAGCUGCCUGUUCCAAGUUCUUUGCAGCCCUGCAGGCCUCUGGCUACCAGCCUGAUGUAUCUUACAAUCUGGCUUUAGCUUGUUACAGCAACAGGCACUAUGCCCCUGCUCUGAAGCAUAUUGCCAACAUCAUAGAGAGAGGCAUCCGUCAGCACCCAGAGCUAGGUGUGGGCAUGACCACCGAAGGCAUUGAUGUUAGAAGUGUUGGCAACACCGUAGUCCUUCACCAGACGGCACUGGUCGAAGCCUUCAACCUCAAGGCAGCCAUAGAGUACCAACUGAGAAACUACGAGGCGGCCCAGGAAGCCCUCACUGACAUGCCGCCCAGGGCAGAGGAAGAGUUGGACCCUGUGACCCUGCACAACCAGGCUCUGAUGAACAUGGAUGCCAGACCUACGGAGGGGUUUGAGAAGCUCCAGUUCCUGCUGCAGCAGAACCCCUUUCCCCCGGAGACCUUCGGCAACCUGCUGCUUCUCUACUGUAAAUAUGAGUACUUUGACCUGGCAGCUGAUGUCCUGGCAGAGAAUGCCCAUUUGACGUACAAGUUCCUCACGCCCUAUCUCUAUGACUUCUUGGAUGCCAUGAUCACUUGCCAGACGGCUCCCGAAGAGGCUUUCAUAAAGCUGGACGGGCUGGCUGGCAUGCUGACUGAGCAGCUCAGGAGACUCACUAAGCAAGUUCAGGAAGCAAGACACAACAGAGAUGAUGAAAUUGUCAUAAAAGCCGUGAAUGAAUACGAUGAAACUCUCGAGAAGUAUAUCCCUGUCCUGAUGGCCCAGGCAAAAAUCUACUGGAAUCUGGAAAACUAUCCCAUGGUGGAGAAGAUCUUCCGCAAAUCUGUGGAAUUCUGCAAUGACCAUGAUGUGUGGAAGCUGAAUGUGGCCCACGUCCUCUUCAUGCAGGAAAACAAGUACAAAGAGGCCAUCAGCUUCUAUGAGCCCAUCGUCAAGAAGAACUACGACAACAUCCUGAGCGUCAGCGCCAUUGUCCUAGCCAACCUCUGUGUCUCCUACAUCAUGACAAGUCAGAAUGAGGAAGCCGAGGAGCUGAUGAGGAAGAUUGAGAAGGAGGAAGAACAACUCUCCUAUGGUGACCCAGACAAGAAAAUCUACCACCUCUGCAUUGUGAACUUGGUGAUAGGAACACUCUACUGUGCCAAAGGGAACUAUGACUUUGGUAUCUCCAGGGUAAUCAAGAGCCUGGAGCCUUACCAUAAAAAGCUAGGAACUGAUACGUGGUAUUAUGCCAAACGAUGCUUCCUGUCCUUGCUAGAAAACAUGUCAAAACACAUGAUCGUGCUUUGCGACACUGUUAUUCAAGAAUGUGUCCAGUUUCUAGAGCACUGUGAACUUUAUGGCAGAAACAUCCCUGCUGUUAUAGAACAGCCUUUGGAGGAAGAGAGAAUGCACACUGGAAAGAAUACAGUCACAUAUGAGUCCAGACAGUUGAAAGCAUUGAUUUAUGAGAUCAUAGGGUGGAAUGUGUAGUAAUAUCCGUUAACGACUUUUUUUAUAAAAGCUUUGUUAUCUUGGCAUUGUGUUUUAUGUGUAAGCAUUAGCAUUUUCACACAUUUUAUAAGCUGUACCUUGUUUACAUGUCUAUUCAAUUAGAUACAGGUUUUCCUGAUGAGAAACUUCACCAAUGAACAUAAUAAACGAUUCCAGAAACCUGUAUUUCAGUUUUCAGAACUGAAUGGAGGAAGGACCUUCUGAAAGAGCUGAUUAUAUCUGCAUUCUUUCAUUGGUAUUUCAUUGUUUAUUUUGUUUGUGAAGAUCAAUGCAUCCAUGGAGGAAAUGCGUGGACUCAGAACCGUAGUUAUCGUCCAUUUGGGCUUUGGAGGGAGUUUUAGGGAAUCUGUACCCUGCCUCUGUUUACCCUCACCAUGAUUUCAUUUGUAGUGGAGAAGUUUUGCACCCUGGUCGAUUUUAAAGAUUUUGUUUUGUUUUGUGGGGUUUUAGGGGUUUUGUUUUUGUUUAGAAGAGAAGUAAUGUUUGACAAAUGUUUUAAUGUUCUCAGUGGUUUUUCUUAGAAGAUGCAAAAUUCAAUGUGAAAUUUUAUCCCUAAGUAAAAGUGUAGUCCUGUGGUUUGAUGAUAAUAAAUAAUUGACAAAUAUCUGUUAUUUUACUGUUCAUAAUUGACUAUUGUCAAUAAUACAAGUGAUUUUAAAAGUCAAUAUUUAAUUCCAAUACUUAUGUAGCAAAUUAGAUAUGUUAUUGCUGGGGUUUCUUCUAAUAGCAUCUUGGGAAAGAGAAAUAUACUUUAGUUUUUUGACAUUACUGAAGUCUCUUUUGAAAUUGAUUCCAUUUAAAUAUUGCUAUAUGAAAUGAUAUAUUUUUAAAUUAUAACAAAACUAUCCUGCACUAUUUUUUUUUCAUUUGUUUUACCAGUUUCAUGGCCACAAUCUUCCCAGUUAGUUCUCAGGGGAAUCCCAUGGGUUUUGCUCCUCAUGCAUUAUAUUUCCCACAAACAUAAAGGACUUUUAAUGGUGUUUUCCUCAGCCCUGUUGUCCUUUUGUUCUUAAUAACGUCAUUCUGUCGUAGAGAACAUCAAAAACAUUAGGUUUUGAAAGUUUUUAACCCACAAAACGAGCAAAUUUUUGUGACCCAACAGCGUUGUACUGAGAAGUAAAGAUUGUUGCUAUAAUGAAAUACUUUUCUUCCCCAGAAGGAAUGAAUCAUAUGUAAAAUGGAGUUGCAUGUAUAUAUGCGGUAUGACAUAUAUACAUUCACACAAUGAUCGCUUUAGGUUG